AUGUCUUCGUCCAACCGCAUCUCGAAAGUUGCCUUCGUGGGAGCCGGCGGCCGCAGCGGAGGCUACAUGGUCGACGAAUUGCUCAAGACCGGCAAGCACACAGUAACCGCAAUCACGCGCAAGGAAAGCACCAACAAAGUCCCGGACGGUUGCCAAGUCGCAAAAGUCGACUAUGCCGACCCAGACACUCUGGUCGAGGCACUGCGCGGCCACGAUGCAUUGAUCAUCACAAUGUCCACUUCAGGCUCCUCGGAUCAGCAGCUCGCGCUCAUCAAAGCUGCAAGCGAAGCCGGAGUCAAGUAUGUGCUACCCAACGAGUGGGGUCCGGACACCGCCCACCCAGGGUUGAUGAAAGACGUCAGCCUGUUUGGUGGCAAGGCGCCAGUCCGCAAAGCCAUCGAAGAGAUGGGGAAUAUCUCAUGGAUUGGCGUCGCUUGCGGCUUCUGGUAUGAAUGGAGUCUGGCGAUCGAGAACUCCUACGGGUUCGACUUGAACAACAAGGCCGUGACGUUCUUCGAUGAUGGAGAGACCAAGACGUCGACAAGCACCUGGGCACAGCUCGGUCGUGCUGUCGCAGCGUUGUUGAGUCUUCCGAUUACAGCGGAAGGAGCCGAUCUCAAAGCAUGCUUGGAGAACUUCAAGAACGGCAUGGUCUACAUCAAAUCCUUCACCGUCAGUCAAAGGGAGAUGUUCCAGUCUGUUCUGCGAGUGACCGGCACGAAGGAGGAGGAGUGGAGCAUCUCUUACGAGCCAAGCUCGGAACGCUAUGCCAACGCCUUCAAGGCUAUGCAAGGCGGCGACAGGACGGGAUACGUUCGUGUGAUGUACACCAGAGUGUUCUAUCCAGACGGAUCUGGCGACUUCGAGAGCAGCAAAGGCACAGCGAAUAAGUUGCUCGGCUUGCCCGAGGAGGACAUCGACGAGGCGACGAAGUACGCGCUUGAGCGUGCGAGGACCAACCCGUGGGGUUGAUUGUGAAGACGUGAUGAUGUAGGAUUGAUGGAGAGUUUUGUCCUUGAACUAAACAUGCCAUUCGGGUAAACACCGGCGACAAAUAUAGCCCUAAUUCAGUCGUCUGUGCACGUUCACGAC